AAAAACAUAUAGUUGCAUGGAAUUUGGAAAGAGAUUCACUGAAAGUAGUGAUAUUACUUGCCAUCAAAGGAUUGACACAGAGGACAGACCAUAUAAAUGCCUGGAGUGUGGAAAGAGCUUUAUUGACAAAUGGUGCCUUACUUUCCACCUAAGAAUGCACACAGCAGAAAGACCGCAUAAAUGCAUGGAGUGUGGAAAAAGCUUUCGUCAGAACUCAGAACUUAUUCGUCAUAAGAGGACCCAUACUGGGGAGAGACCAUAUAAAUGCAUCCAGUGUGGAAAAGGGUUUACUCAGAAAAGUGGUCUUAUUAGUCAUGAAAGAAUUCAUACAGGGGAGAAACCAUUUCAAUGUACGGAAUGUGGAAAGAGCUUUGCUCAGAAAGGACACCUUAAAUUUCAUAAAAAAAUUCACAGGGCAGAGAUCGUAUAAAUGCUUGAAGUGUGGGAAAAUCUUUUAUUGGAGCACAAAACUAAAAUAAUGCCUACAGAAGAAAUUGUAUAAAUCUAUGGAAGGAGAUUCUGAACAAUGCUAGUCCCAAAUAUUUGAAUUCAUUCAGAGCAGCUAGAUUUUCCAUUGCCUAUUUUCACCUGCAUUUCCCUCCCCCCCGCCCCCUUUCCUGCCUUUUGCCCAUUGCCAUCUCACUGUCUUUUCCAACCAGAGGAGUAAUGGCUUCCUUGACUUCCUUUUUAAUUUACCUAAAAACCACUAUAUAAAACAAAUUUAUCAAAUUUAGAAAGCAUUGCAACCUGCAGAAUUGUUUAAUUCCCACAAAAUAGUACUCAUGUUCUUUUCUUUCCUCUUAAGUCUUAGCUAAAUAAGUCUUCUCAUUUCCCUUUGUUAUCUCCUGACCAGAAGAAAAAGCAGUGAGAUCAGCUCCAGAAAGAUAACCUUUUUUGAGUAGUUGAUUAUUCCAUACUACUUUAGCUUCCCAACAUAGUUUGGAGAAAAACCUCUUUAUACUCUUACAGUCUUAGAAUCUUACUAAUAAACUCGGAUAACAGAUAAUCAAAGUUGGAAGGGACCUUAUAGGUCAUCUAGUCCAUCCACACACUCCCACCCAAGCAGGAGACCCUACAUCAACUCUUAUGACCUGUAAUUCUACAGCCUCCCUUCAUGUAUUUGUUUUUCAUUAUCUCAUCCUGUCAUCAUCGGCUAUACCAAGCCUUAUAUUUAAGACUACUAAGGGAACAUAAUCACUUUGAGAGGUCAAUUUCUGUGGGGGUUUUAGGUAGCGCAGCCCCUUGAAACAAGAUCAAUUCUAAGAAUCCACCCAGCCAGGAAAGACAAGGAGAAAAAGUGAACAAAAAGUCAAGACUUCAACAGAACUCAAGUAGAUGUAAAAGAGAAAAGAUAUAGGUGCAGAUUGUGUACUGUGUAGAAAAAGGAUUCCUUCAUUGAGUCUAUAGAGAUUAUAAGUAAUCCAAGGUUGUCUCAAUCCUUGGUUGUCUCAAAAGUGCUUUUUCAAAAGACAAACUGGACUUUAUUUUUGCUUGAAGAUGUUUCACUUCUUAGCCAAGAAGUUGAAAACUGAAGAAACUUCUUGGAUGAAAAGCUAAAAACAAAGUCCAACUGUCUUUUGAAAAAACAGCUUUGGAAGUCUUGAGUGUCAUUGCAGGAAUACAGACAACAGAGACAAUAAAUUGGUGUAAAGGAAUCCCCAAAGUAUUUAUUGCUUACAUACUUAUUUAAUAAAUGUAGUUGCUGUGUGGCUGCCUUCAGCAAUUUCAUUUUGUCACAUUUGCAGCACCAUCCAUGUCGUUUCCCUCCCUUUCU